CUCAUUUGUGGGUAUAUAGUAUCGCUAUGCGAGUCAUUUUUUCUACUCGUGCAAAGAUUGCCUGUCCAACUAUUGUUUAAUUAUGGAAAACUUGUUUAAUAAUAUUUAAUUUAGUGAAAUAAACUGUUCAAAUGGAAUUUCAAGAUUUGCCAUCAGAGGUUCAACUCCUUAUUUUCGAUCAUAUGACUGUAAGGACCCGUUUACUGGCUUCCACCGUUUGUCGCCACUGGUAUCAACUUGCGCUUACGCCCGCUUUCCUGCAGAACAAAAUACAGCUAUCUAUAGAGGUACGUCAUACAAGAUGCCUUCUGCAAGCAAUUGAGCUCCUCUCACAUACAGCACGCUGUUAUCGGAAGUUGAGGUUGGUCUACCAGGGAAAUAGUAUACAAAAAUUGUCGACUGCACGACAAUUGCUAGAAUGUUUACCCACUGUGAAGGAACUCGAAACAGUUUUCUUUUUCUAUUGUUUUCGAGAAAAGCUGAACAUAGCCUUGAAAGAUCUGUUGGAUAGUUGCAAAGGUUUAGAAAUGUUGUCCAUCGUUAUACGAGGGAGAUUAAUGAGUUGGACUGAGCAAUCUUCCAACAGUAAUUCAGAAAUUAUCGAUCUGGAGGAUGCGCAACAGUUUCCUUGUCUUGAAACUUUGAGCAUACGAAGAAAUCCAGACAUACUGCACCCUCGAUUUUACGAGCUAGCUCAGUCUUUUACGGCGCCCACUUUUUAUGUACCACCUGAAUCAAACAGUAUACCAAACUUGAAGCACCUUAUUAUGAACUGUGAAACGGAUGAACAACUUCAACUGUUCUCUGAAUUAGCCGCCCAGUUGCAAACGGUAGUUGUAGUUUCGUUUGAUCCCCAAAAUUGUCAGGUGGCUUUAUUUUUGGAACUGAAAUUUCCAGAAGUUAAACAUCUUAGUUUGCCUCUACUCAGGGUUUCCUUUUCUGAGGAAAUUAGUUUAUUUUUAGGACGGCUGCGCACGUUACAAACGCUGGAAAUGGAACAUGUUCUUAUUGACAUGAUUGUUCUUCAUACUAUAUUCGAUAGCUGUACGCAACUAGAUUACUUAUCCUUGCAUAUGCAGAAUUUGGGAAUCGGAUGCUUGAAAGGGAUAACAAAUCUACAAAAACUCAAAAGUUUGAAGCUUGUCGGAAAAUCAUUGGGAGGAUGGGAAAAGUUAGAAGAUUAUUUUUUUGGAUCCAACGGCCAGCUGAUACAGCUAAAAUCUUUGAGCUUCAGACUAUUUUCAUUAACGUCUACGGACUUUAUAUUGACCAUAUCCAAAACAAUGCCAAAUCUACUAGAACUUUGCGUAGAAGACUGUCGGGCUAAGGUCAAUGUAAUAGGGCCACUGGGAAGCUUGUUGCCCAACUUGACCAGUGUGGAAUUGUGUCAGAUAACGCACGGUGGAGUCCGCCCUAUGUUUUCGUCAGCUUUAACUCGAAUUAAAUUACUCAAUUGCUCAUGGGUAACCGCAGAUUUUUUGUAUAAACUAAUAAAUCAAUGUCCGCACCUUUCUCGCCUAACUCUUUCCGGAGCAGGAGUUUCGAGGGAUACGUUACAUAAUGUGAUCAGCAAAUUGCCAGCAUCGUGUUAUGUAGAGCUUACCUUCGCUAGCGGUAAAAAAUUAUGCAGAUAGAAAUCGUUAAUGGCGUAAAAUGUGAACAAAUAUAUUGGUUUGUAUUAAGUUAACCUA